AUGGAAUCUAAGAAUCCAUACGUCUUCCCUCUGAAACCAGAACAGUAUGCUCCAGACCCGGUGCCUUCGCUGGCUGAAUGGAAACAAUUGUGGAGCGUCUGGGAUCUCGUCACGACCAAUAUGAUGCUGCCGGAUGCGUUGAUGGAACAACCAAUUCCUCUGCGGAACCCGUUGCUGUUCUAUCUUGGCCAUAUUCCAACCUUUGAGGACAUUCAUCUUGCGCGAGCAACGAACAGCAAGCCUACUGAGCCAGCAUAUUAUCAUCGGAUUUUUGAGCGCGGCAUAGAUCCUGACGUUGAUGACCCUUCUAAAUGCCAUGACCAUAGCGAACUUCCAGACGUCUUCCCAUGCCUUGGGGACAUUCUACUAUAUCGAGAGCGCGUGAAAGAGCGAAUCACAUCGCUUUAUCAAACUGAAAGACCCUACAUAGAUCGUGGUCUUGGACGAGCGCUCUGGAUAGGUUUCGAACAUGAGGGUCUCCAUGCUGAAACGUUCCUGUUCAUGACUAUUCAAAGUCCCAACAUCCUUCCCCCUCCUGAUCUGCCCAGGCCAGACUUCGCAAGGCUCGCAAAAGAAGCUGCUUCACAACGCCUUCAGAAUCCAUGGAUCAAGGUGCCCCGGCAGACUUUGACCAUUGGGUACCAUGAUCCUGAGAGGGAUGAAGGGCCAAACAGAUUCUUUGCGUGGGACAAUGAGCGCGAGCCGUACGAUAUCACUGUUCCACAAAUCGAGGCACAAGGUCGACCGGUCAGUAACGGCGAGUAUGCUAAGUACCUUGUAAACGUGAAGAAGCUUCAGAUCCCCGCAACUUGGAGCAAGACGCGCGAUGCCCGAAGUGAUGAAGAUUACACCACGUUCGUCGCUCGUCACAGUAUCAAGACUGUCUGGGGACCUGUACCCUUGUCGCAGGCACUUGAUUGGCCUGUGAUGGCCUCUUUCGACGAGGUAGAGAGAUACUCUCAAUGGGCUGGUGCUCGCUUACCAACGCUCCACGAAUUACGGAGCAUCCACGAGUAUGUUGAGCGUCGUCGUGAAGCUCCGGGCAGCAAAGUGAACCAUCAAUUCCAUACCAAUCCAAAGGCCAUAUUUGUUGACUUAUCGGAGACCAAUUCUGGGUUUCAGAAUUUUCAUCCAAUGGGCAUCACUCACAGGGGUGAUCUUUGCGGACUGGGCGAUACUGGAGGUGCGGCUGAGUGGACGGGAACUUUAUUCGCGCCGCAACCGGGAUUCAAGGCAAUGGAUAUUUAUCCCGGAUAUAGUGCCGACUUCAUGGAUGAGAAGCAUCUGGCCGUGGUUGGAGGAAGCUGGGCCCUGCAUCCUCGCAUUGCAGGCCGAAAGAGCUUCCUCAACUGGUGGCAGAAGAAAUAUCUCUGGCCAUGGGUAACGUUCCGUCUUGUACGAGACGUCGAGGAUAGUGCACACGGCUAA